AUGAGUGAUGAACCUUCUACAAGUUCUGGACGACCCAAACGAUCUUGUACUGGCAAUAGCCAAAAUAAAAAGCAAAUUUUAACACAAAAGGAACUGCAGGAAAUCGCAGAUAAUUGGGACGACUGGGAAGAUUUUUCAUCUUCAGGAUCAGAGUAUCUGAAUUCGGAAUCUGAUGAUGGUAGCAAUAGCGCAGGCAGUAGUCUUCCAAGCAGUCAUAGUUUAGAUUGCGAUUUAGAUGAAGUAGACACUGAAGAGAGCCACAAUGUAAAUACUCUACUACAAGAUAAUGAGGAUUGGCAUGAUGUUGACGGGACAUCCUUGCGUUCUGACAUUAUUUUUUCUGGUGCAGAGCAAUACAUGUAUCAUCACGGCAUUUACCCUGAUGAUUCUAAUGAUCUACGUCCAACUGAUGUUUAUGAACGUUUUAUUGAUGACGAGAUUCUUGAAAUUAUCGUUUCAGAAACAAAUAGAAACGGCACACAGCUUUUACAAAAGCCAAAUAUAAGGCGUUCAGCUAGAAUAAGACGAUGGGUCCCUACAAAUAAAAAAGAAAUUAAAAAGUUUUUAGGCAUAGUCAUGUAUAUGGGCAUAGUCAAAUAUCCUAAAAUUCCGGACUAUUGGCGAAAAAAUAGGCUGUACAAUAAUACGUUUGUUCCAUCAGUGAUGAGCAGAAAUCGUUUCCAACUUCUGCUAAGAGUACUUCAUUUUGCGAAUAAUGAUGCCGUAGAUAAAGACAACCGACUUUAUAAAACUCAUCUUCUAGGCACACUUAGAAAAAAUCGAAAAGGUCUCUCUAAAGAAGUUAUGAGUGCACAGCUAAAAAGAGGGGAAAUUGUGGGGAAGGAAAACACUACAGGACUCGUUAUAGGUAAAUGGAAAGACAAAAGGGAUGUUCCGUUCUUGAGUACUAAGCACACGCUGGAUAUAAAGGCUACUGGGAAGAAAAACAGAAAGGGCGAGGAGGUAAAGAAACCUUCUGCCAUAUUAGAAUACAACGCUGGUAAAGAUGGUAUAGAUGUUUCUGAUCAAAUGGCGAGCUACUUUUCCCCACUCCGCAAAACAAUUAGAUGGUAUCAUAAGCUAAUGUUUGAAAUUCUCCUGAAUACGGCUGUCAUCAAUUCUCUUAAUAUUUACAAGCACUUCAAAAAACAAAACAUACAAGUUGGUGCUUUUAGAGAGAUGUUGAUUGAGAGCCUUACCCAAGUCCCAAGUGUCCCAGUAAAUGAAGAUAAACAUAGUCUGAUCAGUACAGAAGAAAGAACAGCAGACGGGAGAAAGAAAAGGAAGAGAUGCAUUUCAUGUUAUGAGAAAAAGGCCAGAGAAGGAGGUCGAGUUGUGGGAAUGAAACAAGCUAAAUUGGUCUCUACCAAGUGCGGGCAAUGCAAUAUUCAUCUAUGUUUUACUUGUUUCACUGAAAAACAUUAG